UGUUCGAGCCAGCGAGAGAGAGAGAGAGAAGUUGGCCGGUGAAACAGUCAAAAAGACAGAUGAGUUGGUCUCUCACCAACUCCUCUACAGAUUAUGUCUCGCUCUAAUAAUCCUUGCGAAACUUAAGUUUUCCUUUUCUGUGUGUGUGUUUGUGGUGACCACAAUCAAUCAAUCAAUCAAAAUCUUAUUUCUUCUUCCCUUUCUCAUCUCUUUUGUCUUUUCUCCCUUAGAAUUUUUUUUUGUCUCUCUCUCUCUCUCUCUCUCCACCACAGAACAUAAUAUUCGGAGUCAUCAUCAAAACGAAAACCCUAGCACUUGUCCUACUGAUUGAACUCCAUGGCGUCAGGCGGCGGAGAGGCGGCAAGAUCGGUGGAAAUAGGAUCGGAUCCCAAACUAGGGGGAGUCGGGAGCAGGAGCGCUGGAGGAGGUCAAUACUUCAGGGCGGAUACUCUUGAUUUCAGUAAAUGGGAUUUGCACAUGGGCCAUACCUCCUCCUCUACUACCGCCGUCAAGUCCUCCACCUCCACAAAAGCUCCGAUGCACGAAUGGGAGAUCGACCUCUCCAAACUCGACAUGAAGCACGUUCUCGCCCACGGCACUUAUGGCACUGUCUACCGCGGUGUCUACGCUGGUCAACAAGUCGCUGUGAAAGUUUUAGAUUGGGGAGAAGAUGGUCAAUCAACAGCUGCUGAAACUACAGCUCUGCGCGCUUCUUUCGAGCAAGAGGUUGCCGUCUGGCAGAAGCUCGAUCACCCCAACGUUACCAAGUUUAUAGGAGCAUCCAUGGGGACCUCUGAUCUGAAGAUCCCUCCUGCUGGUGAUUCUGGGGGACGUGGUGGCAGCGGAGCACAUCCUGCCAGGGCCUGUUGUGUUGUGGUUGAAUAUGUUGCUGGAGGCACACUCAAGAAGUUCCUCAUCAAGAAAUAUCGGAGCAAACUCCCCAUCAAGGAUGUCAUUCAGCUCGCUUUGGAUCUCGCUAGAGGGCUGAGUUACCUCCACUCCAAGGCGAUUGUACAUCGGGACGUGAAGACAGAGAACAUGUUGCUAGAAACUAACAAGACGCUCAAGAUUGCUGAUUUCGGAGUUGCUAGAGUCGAGGCUCAGAACCCUCAAGACAUGACGGGUGAAACUGGAACUCUCGGCUACAUGGCUCCAGAGGUUCUUGAAGGAAAGCCUUACAACAGGAAAUGCGAUGUGUAUAGCUUUGGUGUAUGCCUCUGGGAAAUAUACUGCUGCGACAUGCCUUACGCUGACUGUAGUUUUGCUGAGAUCUCUCAUGCCGUUGUUCAUAAGAACCUGAGACCAGAGAUUCCGAAAUGCUGCCCACAGGCAGUGGCAAACAUAAUGAAGAGAUGCUGGGACCCGAAUCCAGACAAGCGUCCGGAGAUGGAGGAGGUAGUGAAGCUACUUGAAGCGGUAAACACAAGCAAAGGCGGUGGAAUGAUACCACCAGACAAGUUUCAGGGGUUCCUCUGUUUCUGCAGACCUCGUGGCCCCUGAUCUCUCUCCCUCUCUCUCAUAUUCUGCGUGAUGAUUCUUGGAUUUUCUUUUUUUUUUUCUUUUUCUUUUGGAGACUUUCGAGUUAGAUUGACAUUAAAAAAACUCUCAUUCUGUUCUAUAUACAUGUAUUUAUACUACACCCAGUCUGGUCGUGUAUAAAAUUGAUGAUAAACAUAAACCUUUGAAUCUUUUUCGUUC